UUGGUAGGGUCCAGCUCAUGUGGUCACAAGUGUAGCAAUGGAAGAAGAUCAAGGGCCCAACAAGGAUUUCUCUCAAGACACAGAUUUGAAGAAGGUGCAUCGUAAAUCUGAAACCAAGCGAUACAGCGAGAUCUUCAGAGACUUCGACAAUCUUGAUUUAUCUUUAAUUUCUUCUUCAGGGGAGUCUCUGCUGGCCGACUUUGACACACUGUCUAUCACAGAGUCCAUCUGUACAGGAAGCGGAGAUCUCACAGAGCAGCUGGAAGUGUCUAUUGGUGCUGAGGCCAAUGACCUGGAUGGAAACCAACCAGCCCAGGAAGCCGACCUCACCCUUUGUCGGUGUGAUGAUGGAGUGGAGACGGCACUGCAGUACACCAAGAUGUGGUGCCGCUACGCCAAAGACCUCCUGGCAUGGAUGGAAAAGAGAAUCAGCCUUGAACAAGAAUUUGCAAAGAAUGUAAUCAAGGCAGCAGAAGGAGCAAAAGCCAAUGUGUGGCAGCAGGAAAUGAUGCCCCUGCAGCACAUCUACACUAUGGCGCUGGAGCAAGAUAUCAAGAACAGUUUGUCUUCCAGAAAGAUGUCAGAACAGCUACAAAACCGCUGUCACCAAGCCUUGGCUGCCAAGAGGAACGAGAUUGACAAGUGGCGCAGAGAAUUCAAGGAGCAGUGGGCAAGAGAGCAAAGGAAGAUGAACGAAGCAGUCACGUCUUUUAAAAAGGCUCGUCACCAGUACUUCCAGCGUUGUGAUGAGCUAGAAAAGGCUAAAGCUGUGUCUGCUAAAGCUGUAGAUGACACAUCCGGAAUCAAAACAAUGGAUAAGAGGCGGAAGUCCAAGGAUGAAGCCCAAUCUAAGGUGAUGGAGGCAGAGCUUCUGUACAGACAGUGUGUUACUGACGUGAAAAUCCACCAGGAUAAGUUAGUAGCGGUCAAAGAGAGAAUUAUUUCCCACAUUCGCAAGCUCAUCUGUCAGGGAGACACUGUGCUCAAGGAGGUCACAGUCAACAUGUUUUACUACCAGCGGCAGCAGGCCGAGCCUGUCCCCGUCGGCUAUCACAACCUGGAGUUGACGUGCAGGUCCCUGGAGCCUGGCGAGCCCUACAUGCUCUACAUCCUCAGCAAGCCUCGCCCUGAGCAUCCACUCCAAGUCUUCACCUUCCAGGAGUACGUUUCUCCGUGCAAAGGGAACAAGCGAAAACCCUCAGGACAGGACUCUGUACCAUUGACAGAUGAUAACCCUUUCCGACGAAACAGCGAUGGCAGAAGAACAGGGUACAGUGACAGUGAGAGUAUUGGAGGCAGUUUGGAGUCUCUGUCCAGCCCUGCUCACACUAAUAGGAGGCUGCCAAAAACAGCAUCCACUUUGACAGUGUCAUCGGACGACAUGGACGAACGGGAUUUGCCGUCAGAAUCAGAAUUCAUUGAGUGUCAGCCCGUCAAAGUACGGACUCUUUCCCGAGCUGCGUUGACACACCGACUGAGGAAGAUGAAGAGCAAGAUGGUCAAAUGCAAGCAGUGUGAAAACUAUAUUGUUGUCAAUGGCGUUGAAUGCGAGGAGUGCGGGAUGGCUUUGCACAGGAAGUGCAUGGAGGUUUGUCAGCAAGAGUGCGAGCAGAGGAAGGGGACCGUGUUCGGAGUGGACCUCUCUCUGCUGUGUCGUGACGGUGUGCCCUUCGUGGUGCUGCUCUGCACGUCGGAGAUUGAGAGCCGAGCGCUGUCGGUCCAGGGGGUGUAUCGUGUGAGUGGGUCCAAGCCCCGCAUCCAGAAGCUCUGUCAGGCCUUUGAGAUGCAAAAGGAGCAGGUGGAUCUCUCUGACGUUUCCCCGCAUGACAUCGCCUCGAUCCUUAAGCACUUCUUCAAGGAGCUCCCGGAGCCCUUACUAACCUUUGACCUGUACAAUGAUUUCAUAACGGUGGGAAAGACCAUUCAGCACCUGAAUGAAAGUGAGCCAACACCAGACACUAACGAGACAAUGUCCAUGAUGGACAGCCUGCGAAAGCUACUACAGAAACUCCCUCCACAUUGCUACAGCACUCUGCAUCACAUUAUGUCUCACCUGCAAAAAGUUUCAGAGAACUACGAGAACAAGAUGUCCCAGAGCAAUUUGGGUAUUGUGUUUGGGCCGACGCUGUUGCGCCCUCUCGUGUCCGCGGACAUGUCGAUGCUCGCCCUGCUGGAAACAAGUUACCAGGCAGCACUUGUUGAGUUCCUUAUCACGCACCAUGAAGAGCUUUUUGGCCUUCAUCGAAAACCCAGUAUGCCUCCUCCCCCGGCCCCCGCUGAACCUUUGCCCGGCACCCCUCCCAGAGCUUCCUGUGCCCUUGAUGGGGAAGUUUACGCCAUCUCUGAACACGAAACCUCCUCCAGAGAGCGGCCCCGCUCUUUAGAAAGUCGAACAAUCAAGAGAGAGUCAAGCGAAGGUUAUAUAUCUGACAAGUCUUCGUCCAAUGAGGCAGUGGACCAGCUCAGCCCUGGAGCCAAUCAGAGUGCAGUCCUGGCUGUGAGAGGGGCAUCGAGCGAUCCUCAGGGGGAGCCGAGUGGGGGGCCAGACUCCGUCCUGGGGACCCAGCCGCACUAUCGCUUCACCAGGCAGCCUGUGAAAUAUCACCGGCAUCACAACCCAGGAAUCAGACUCCCCACCCCAGGCUGCGCAGCCAGACACUUUGCAGCCCCAGCAAGAGCGUGUACAGGGAGCGCAGACAGCAGCCGCAGCUCUUCUCCAGAGCCGGCCACGCAGAACCUAGGCGUCCACUUUGAGAAAACCCGGCAGCCUCUCCAGCUCACCGUUGCCACGGAGGAUUCACUGAGUCCCCGAGAGGUUGUCCAGUACAUGCUGGGACUGGACUCAAUAUUCACAUCAGCUGUAACCACGACAACAUCCAGUGGGACACGGGAGUCUUCUCGGGAGGUGGCGUCUGGGAGUCAAAACGUUCAGAGCUUGGAGAUGCCCGGUAUCCGGCCGAGUGCUGUGCAGAGUCAGGCUCGCUGUCAGUCACCAAAGACACUUCCUGUUGAGCGCAACCUGACCUCACCAGCGCAGAAGAUCCUGUCGGGCCUGAAGCUGAGACGCAGCCACUCAGGGAAAGAUGAGCAGCUGUUCGUCUGAGGAGAGAUAGAAACAGUUCCCUGGAAUACAUUCACACACGCUGGAAGAUACAAAGCUAUUUAAAUCUGCUUUACAGUGUGUAGCAACUAUCAGUAUUCAUUCCGUUUUUUAUUAUUCUAUCUCACUCAUAUUCUAUGCACAAGUAUCUAUUACCAAAAAUGUAACUGUUUUAAAAAAAAUAGCUAAUGAAAGUUCAAUUAAGUAAAUGGAAUGCUUAAAUGCUUGA